GUAAACUGUGGAAAAUGGCCUUCAGUGAUCUUACUUCACGGACCGUGCGUCUCUAUGAUAAUUGGAUUAAAGAUGCUGAUCCCAGAGUUGAAGACUGGCUCCUCAUGGCGUCGCCUCUUCCACAAACCAUCAUCCUUGGACUCUAUGUCUAUUUUGUCACUUCUCUGGGACCAAAGCUCAUGGAGAACCGAAAGCCCUUUGAACUCAAGAGAGCGAUGAUAACGUACAAUUUUUUCAUAGUACUUUUUUCUGUGUAUUUGUGUUAUGAGUUUGUGAUGUCUGGCUGGGGCACAGGUUACUCAUUUCGAUGUGAAAUCGUUGACUAUUCACAGUCACCCACAGCUUUGAGGAUGGUGCGCACCUGCUGGCUUUAUUACUUCUCCAAAUUUAUCGAGUUGUUCGAUACUAUCUUUUUUGUUCUGCGUAAGAAAAAUAGCCAAGUUACUUUCCUGCAUGUCUUCCAUCACACCAUCAUGCCAUGGACCUGGUGGUUUGGAGUCAAAUUUGCUGCAGGGGGCUUGGGAACAUUCCAUGGCCUCCUAAAUUCAGCUGUGCACGUGAUCAUGUAUUCCUACUAUGGACUGUGUGCAAUGGGACCAGCCUACCAGAAGUAUUUGUGGUGGAAGAAAUAUUUGACAUCACUGCAACUUGUCCAGUUCAUUAUUGUCACCAUCCAUAUAGGUCAGUACUUCUUCAUGGAAGAUUGCAAGUACCAGUUUCCCGUCUUUGUGUACAUCAUCAUGAGCUAUGGGUGCAUCUUUUUGGUGCUGUUUCUCCAUUUCUGGUACCGUGCCUACACCAAAGGUCAAAGGCUGCCCAAAACUGUGAAAAACGGAAUCCACAAAAACAAAGGUCACUGAGACACAAGCACACCAGUGAAUCUCUGCUUGAGACUGCGUUCUUGUCUUCCUUGACAAUCAACAAAUCUACAUAGUGGGUGGUUUAAGACCAUUUUUGAUUUGAGGGUGCCUGCAAUGAACUACUAAUAUGAAUAUUUAAGUAUUUAAUCAAUAUAAGAAUCUUUAAACUAUGACAAUAUGAGGAGGUGAUAUUAUAACAGACAACAUUCUUUUUCUUCUUGAAACUAGAGUAUUUUUUUAUUAACAAAUUUACCUCUUUGCAGACAUACACAAAGUUAAUUGCAAAAUAGUUGUAGCAAAGGGUUCAUUAUCCCAUGAGAACAAAUCUCCUUGUUUGCAAACUGAUAACCUUAGUGACAAGUACAUUGUGGGCUCAAUGUAAGGCUUAUUGUUUUGAAGGUAUGCCAUGAAAGACCUAGGAGGCAUUCUUAUCAGCACAACUGAUGGAAACUAUUCAAGAUAUCCACUUAACAUUCUCAUGAGUGAUUGAACAUGACAAACCAGUCGAUUUUUUUUUUUAAACCUUCCCUGUGGUCGCUCUAUAAAAUGGAAAUCUAACCCUGGAGUCAGUGCAGGAGCUUCUGUAUCCUGUCCACGAGCUGCGAAGACCAGAGGCCACAGUUAGAGGUUUCUGGGCGGGGAAGAAGGAGUCUACUGCACUACAUUGCGUCUCUUCUCUGUGCUCCAACUAUCGCCUGCGCUGGAUUUCUUGGAAACAGCUGUCCUGUUUACAUUCUCCUCUCACGGGAACAACGUGUUCUAAAUACAAUCUGUAGAUUAUGGUGAAAAGCAGCUGAAAAACUGCUGGCUGCUGUGUACUUGAUCAGAAAACUGUUAUUGGGGAGCUUUGAUUUCUCAAAAAUCAGAAUCCUCCAUAAGAGAUCAUCAAAACGCAGGCUCUUGGUUCUGAAAAAUAUGCAAAAUACACUGCACAUGUAAAUAUUUGUAUCAUUCAAAUGGAUCCUUUCACAAAUUCUGUUUCUAGUCAAUUGGCCUAAAAAUGUAUUUAGUGCCCCACUUUUUACUUUCUCAUUUGUUGAGUAGUGCCAAGGGUCUUCAAAGCUUGGAAGUGGCGUCCAAGAUACAGCGAUUGCUCUCAAUUCACCUGGAGCACCAGCGGAAGACAGACAGCGGGCACAGGAAAGAAAGUGGAUGUGUGGCUGAUUGCUCCCAGGAACAACCGCUGCUUGUGUCAUGGAACCUGAAGACUGAUGGUGCCUUGCUGCCAUUUAAUUGAAGCAUCUAUAGAAGAAUCGUGGUCAAAGAGUAAAAUCAGAACGGAAUUGAAAUUCACAUAGAAUCCAUCAUUUUCUAUAUCAGUGGAAACGGGAUGAACCCCUAACAUUAUUACCCUGAGAUAAUCUUGAAAACUUAGACCAAAAAUAGUCCCUGGAUGCUUCUUAAAACCAAGCAGUAGUUUAGCUUCACUAGAUAGAAUAUCUGCCUUGAGCGUUGUGCCCUAUUAAGGGCUAUCUGUGUGGAAUCAAAUUGGUAACUCAGAAGAUUAGAUAGGAAACAUGGAUAGCAGUGAGUUUAUAUCAAUGGGGAAGUAACAACUGAGAAGAGCCAGACUAGUUGCACAACUCGAAGAAUGUAGUCAAGGUCCGUGGAUCAUCCAUGUACGUGCACAUACUUGAGCUGGUACAUAUUUUACUGUGCAUAUUGUGAACCACAACAGAAUAACAGAUGAAAUUUGUUUCACUUCCUUUGUUGUUGAAGAACCAAACUAGUGUAUUUAUUAUUCGGAUUUUAUUAUAAAUAAAGGAUGGUUUCCUGGGUUGGGUUUU